AACUUCGGUAGCUUCGAGCAACCUUCUUUUCUUGCUUUGUUGUUAAAGGAAAACUCUCCUGGAAAAGAAAAAAAACUUACAAAGAAGAUGAGAAGAUGCUCGGUGGAUCUUAUAAUCAUAUAUACAUGUUAAACCUAAAAGGAAAACUACACAACCAUUUACAAGAUUUCAUCUCCAUUUGCAUUAAGCUUUCUACAUACCCCUCCAAAACCCCUUUGCGUAUGUCCCUGGAACUUGUUCACCUUUGGCAUGGCACAAGGUCAGCAACAACUGCAGCUUCACAUCAUGGCUGUUGAAGAUGACAAAGGGGGAAACUCAAAUGAACACACAAGUGUCAACAAUGAAUCAAAAAUCCCUCAAGGCAGAAAAUUCAAGUGGUGGUUUCUUAUAGCCACCUAUAUAUUCUUUGCCCUCUCUGGCCAGUCAGCAGGAACACUUUUGGGAAGACUAUACUUUGAAAAAGGUGGAAAGAGCAAAUGGAUAGGAGCACUUGUUCAACUUGUAGGGUUUCCAAUCCUCCUUCCUUUCUAUUUUUUCUUAAAAUCCAAGAAAAUUAAUCCCACCACAAAAGGACCAUCUGUAUUAAUCCUUGCACUGGUCUGUGUGACCCUUGGCCUACUCAUAACAGGAAGCUGUUUCUUGACUUCAUUUGGGCUUUUAUAUCUUCCUGUUUCUACUUUCUCACUCAUCUGUGCCUCCCAAUUGGGAUUUACAGCCCUCUUCUCCUUCUUUCUCAACUCCCAAAAGUUCACUCCAUUUAUCAUCAAUUCUAUAGUUCUUGUCACCAUCUCCUCCACUCUUCUUGUUUUUCAAGCUAAUGACAACUCGGAAGGUACUUCUAAUACAGGAAGAGUCUCUCAAGGGAAGUAUGCAGCUGGAUUCAUAUGCACUGUUGGUGCUUCUGCCGGGACCGGAUUAUCGCUUGCCUUGACACAGUUUGCCUUCAACAAGGUCAUCAGAAAGAAAACAUACAUAGUUGUCAUGGACGUGAUAAUCUAUGAAUCAUUGGUAGCAACAUGUGCUGCCUUGGUUGGACUUUUUGCAAGUGGAGAGUGGAAGGGCCUAAAGAGAGAGAUGGAUGAGUUUGAAAUAGGGAAGGCUUCUUAUGUUAUGAUCUUGGUUUGGACAAGUAUUGCUUGGCAGGUUUUUGUGAUUGGUGCGGUUGGGUUGAUUUUUGAGGUGUCAUCUCUGUUCUCCAAUGUCAUAAGUGCUCUGGGUUUGCCUGUCAUUCAAGUUUUGGCUGUGAUUGUUUUCCAUGACAGGAUGCAUGGCUUGAAGGUGAUAGCAAUAGUCGUGGCUCUUUGGGGUUUCGUUUCCUAUGUCUAUCAGCACUACCUUGACGAUCGUCGUAAGUCGGAGACUGAAGAUCCAAAUGCAAGUGAAGCUCCUAAAGAAUCAGUGCUGCUGGGAAGAGCUUAAUUGAGGAAGAAAGUUGCAUUAGUGCUUUCUGGUGGGAAAGAAAAAUAUAUCAUGCUACUUAUCUUUUUUUUAAAAUUUUAAUGUGCAUGAAUUUCCUUUAAAUCCCUUGUUUAGGUAACCAGAUUUUUAUAUUUUAGGUGAUUAGAGACAAAACCAGACAUUGCAUUCUGCUUGAUGAAUGAACGAAUU